AUGGAGGAAGGACAUGGUGGUACCUACAGCGGGCAGAUCGUCCCAAGGAUGCCGCCCAGGUCGAAGAGCACUCCACUUACAGAGAAACUUCGAUAUAGAGACGUAGAGGCCAGUGAGAGCAACACCAGUCACAAAGCAAAGGACAUGGAUUAUUUCGAUAAGGCGGAUCGACAUACUUUGAGCAGGAUCUAUGCUCCACCAGGCGGCAGAGGGCACGGGAGGGAAGCCGGGCACGCGGAAGACAGGAGGCAUCGCAAGGAUGACUUCGAUACUCUGAGCGAAUAUGACAAGGAGCUGUUCUCCAAGACUCCAGCUACCACGUUGCCGUGGAUCAAGAAAGGCGGGAAGCAGUCAGAAGUGAAGAGAGAUGCGAGGAGAAAGAAGAAUCCGUCGAACAGCAGUCUUGCACCCAAGGGACGCCCGUCUGUGAAAACAUUUGCUGGCGGCCAAUUGUCAUCUGGAAAGACGAAGUCGAUGCCUAACGAGGACGAUGCCGCCAGUCUCUUCCCUUUCGUCCGGCAGAACGUCGGCUCGAGCAGGAACGAGUCGCACCAGACGCGCUUCGACUUCCUGCGACUAGACACUGGGAGCUCCAAGCACUCUAUCAUGACCAGUGAUCACGGCAGCCCCUUGGAGUACCAUGGAUCCAACUUCUCGAGCCCAAGAAAGAACGAGGUCGACUAUUUCUCGGGCCAGCCGGUCCAGAGGGAUGUGCUGGCAUCGAGGGUGAUGGGGGAAAGUCAGCGGUUUGCGAUCCUCACUCUCUCCUACUCGCAGGCAAAAUCGAAAGGGAGCGGGCAGGCGAGUCCGAUCAAGGACGGGAGGCAGUUUGUUCCUCUGCUGGUGAAGAUGCAAGAGUCUUGGUGGGAGGAGAUGAUGAUGAAGGGCUUCCAGGAGAGGGAAGGCGAGGAGGAGAACGAGUGGGACGAGGAAGACGACAAUCGGUCUGUCAGGACGCUGCUAGCGCUGGGGGGGGAGGUUGACAGGGAGCAGGAGAGUGCUGGAGAGGAGCUAGAGGAGAUUAUCGAAAGCAACCGGUUCCACAUGCGAUACUUGUACGAGUUUCUUGCGGAAAGAGAUGUUCCUUUCAGAAAGGUGGUCGAGGUUGAGGUGAAAGCGUUUGUAACCAAGAUCUACAAGAAGAUUUAUUUGCUCUGGGAUGCCUACAAGAAGAACGGGCAGAAGUCAAUGGAGACAGAUCAUGCCGUUCAGAUGUUGGAAGCCAAGUGA